AUGCCUAAAAAAGGGAAAGGUGGCAAGAACAAGCGUCGUGGGAAAAACGAAGCUACAGAAUUCAAGCGAGAGCUGACUUUCAAAGAAGAUGGUCAAGAAUACGCACAAGUGCUCAGAAUGCUUGGAAAUGGUCGUUUAGAAGCAUAUUGUUUUGACGGUGUAAAGCGUCUCUGCCACAUUAGAGGCCAAAUGAAAAGGCGAGUUUGGAUAGGCAUGGACGACAUUGUACUGGUGGGCUUACGAGAUUACCAAGACUCCAAAGCUGACAUCAUUCUUAAAUACACACCUGAUGAGGUCCGAAAUUUAAAGUCUCUUGGUGAGCUUCCUGAAAAUCUUAAGGUAGCGGAAAAUCAAGAAGAAGAUCCAAACGACCACAUUCAAUUUGCAAGGAUGACAAAUGUUGAAGAAGAGGACAGUGACUCGAGUGAUGAAGAACGAAAAAGCGAUUUAGACAUAGAAAAUAUAUAA